AUGGAUGACUGUUUUUCAUGUCCAGAAGCUCAGUUUCCAAAUAAGGGUCAGAAUUCAUGUCUUCCAAAAGUUGUAACUUUCCUGACAUAUGAGGAAACAUUGGGGACCAUCUUGGCCAUUUCUUCUCUUUUGUCUUCUUUGACCAUAUUGUUGGUUUUGGGUAUCUUCAUCAAGUACCAGGACACUCCCAUUGUCAAGGCCAACAACCGAAACCUCACCUACACCCUUCUCAUUUCCCUUCUGCUUUCAUUCCUUUGUGCUUUACUGUUUAUUGGCAAACCCCAUAAAAUAACAUGUCUCCUCCGACAAAGUGCUUUUGGCAUAAUAUUUACUGUAGCUGUAUCAUGUGUUUUAGCAAAAACCAUCAUUGUGAUUUUAGCUUUCAUGGCCACCAAACUAAAAUCUACAAUGAGGAAAUGGGUGGGGAAAAGAUUGGCCAUUUCCAUCAUAGUUUUCUGUUCCUUUAUUCAAAUAGUGCUUUGUACCAUCUGGCUGUUGACCUUUCCUCCAUUCCCUGAUUUCAACGUGCACUUAAUGGCAGAAGAAAUUGUUCUGGAAUGCAAUGAAGGCUCCUUUGUGAUGUUCUACUGUGUCCUGGGCUUCAUGUGCCUCCUAGCCCUUGUCAGCUUUACUGUAGCUUUCUUUGCCCGCAAACUACCUGACACUUUUAAUGAAGCCAAAUUCAUCACCUUCAGCAUGUUGAUUUUUUGCAGCGUUUGGCUCUCCUUUGUCCCUAGCUAUCUGACCACAGGGGGGAAACAAAUGGUGGCUGGGGAGAUCUUCUCCAUCAUAAUGUCCAGUGGGGGGCUCCUUGUAUGCAUCUUUUUCCCUAAAUGCUAUAUCAUCAUAUUGAGGCCUGAACUGAAUAGCAAGCAGCAACUAAGACAAAGAAAACACUGA